AUGAAGCCGAGUAAUAGACUACUAAGCAACUCCAAUUCCAAUGGUGUUGAUGAGGAUGAUGACGACGAGCCUGAUGAGUGGGAUAAACGAAUAAUCAACACUGGUUGUCAUCAAGAAAACUUGAACUUGCAACUAUGUCAUGCAGAUACUGGCGAUUGGAGAAAGUGUUUAAAGGAAAUGCAAGCCUUCAGAGCAUGUUGGGAAAGGAAUAAGAAUAAUGAGAGGACAUCCACUGUGGAUAAUCCUGAAGCCAAGUGA